AAUUUUCGAGAAGCGAUCAACCUCCUGAUUGGACCAGCUAGGAAGUGCUGUUCAUGGGCGAUAUGUUCUGAGGUUUUGCUCUCAUAACAGCAGGAGACGCGAUGCAAGGGACGAAUUAGUCGAAAACAUCCGACUUUGCGGGUCGGUGAACGAAGCGCGGGUUCUGUAUUUUAUACCCAAAUCCGAUUUCUUUUUCCUCCUCCAGCCGGCUGAGGGUCGAGCAUCGUCGAUCUUCCCGACCAAGACAUUGAUUGAAAACCCCAGAAAACAAAAAUUCCUCCACUUUCAUCGGAACAAUGAUCCUCCGAACUCCACCUCAGCGAAAGAGACGAGCAGAAUCGCCGAUAAUCGAGACGCCCGUCUCCGACCGCCGAGUCGUCGUCUACAACGAUCCAUUCCCCUCCUCCACCUCCGAUGAUCUCGUCUGCACUCAUCAAUGCCGUCAGAUGGUGAAAUCGGAGUUCAUGGUGGCUUUCAGUACAGCAGAGAAGCAAGUUGCUGAGUAUCAGUCCAAAGUCGAGGCCUUGAGCAACGAGCUGCGCAAGAGCGAAGAGGAGCGGAUCAAUUAUCGGGAUCACCUUCGAUCUGUGGAGCAGGAGCUUGAGGCGGCGAAAGGGCGAGAGCUCGCACUGCAAGAGCAGUUGUUGAAGGAGGUUACUGAGUCACAGGAGCGGUACCGAGCUCAAUUGAAGCGCUGCUCUGAGCUUGAGGUGCAACUUAGAAAAGAAGUUGAUUCUACUAAUAAGACUAACUUAUCAGAAGCGGAGGCUCGGGAGAGAGCUACAGUUCUGGAAGGAGAAAUUCAGCGGCUUUCUGAAAGCAGUAAAAGGGAGAAGAAUCAUCUCCAAAAGGAGUUGUUACAUUUGAAAGAUGAAUCAAAGCUAUCCUUGUCUAGAGUCACCGCUGACCUCGAAAGAACAAGACUUAGAGCACUUAACUCUGAGAAAGAGACAAAACUAUUGAAAGAUGAGUUGAAGGACCUACAAAAUCAGCUAAAUGAGUGCCUUCACCAGAAGAGUGAAUUGGAGCACAAGCUAACAACUUUCACUGCUCCAGUACAUGAAACUGGUCUGUCUGAGAGCCAGAUUCUUGUGAAGCAUCUACAGGAGGAACUUCGGAACUAUGAGGCAGAAGUACAUGAAGCAAGAAAAAUCAAAUCUUCUUAUCUCAAUAAUGAGUUACUGAAAGAAAAAUUGAGAGAGGAAAAGAAUCGCAGAGAGAAGGCAGAGUUGGAGCUGUCAAAAUUACAGGAAAUCCAGCUUGAUGCCCAAAAAUUGGAAUGCGAGCUACUUUCCUGGAAAUCAUUGCUCACAGUGAUACCUGAUGUCUCAUGUUAUGAUGAUAUACCUAAAAAGUUUGCGAGACUACAACAGGAAGCAAUUGAAAGCAUGAUGAAAGUUGGUGAGGUAAAUACUCGCUUGAAAGAGUUGGAGGUAGCCUUAGAACUGUCAGAACAUAGUAGACAGCAUGCUGAAAAAGAAGCUUCGCUUGCCAAGCAAAAGGCAGAAACUUCAGUUUUGGAGAUCAAACAACUUGAGCAGAUGCUUUCUUUGGUUAUUAAAGAAAGGGAGCAACUAAAGAAGGAUUGUUCUACUAUCAAUAAGCAGAAGAGUGGACUUCCCGAUAGCGUGAUGGAAAAUGAAACCACAGUUAAGGAUCUGGAUAAAGCUCUUUCAGAAAGGGAAAUGGAGGCAAGUUUGCAGGAACAGAGAGAAAUUAUUAGUCAUCAACAUGAUGAACUUAAGCUGAUGAAUGAAAGACUUAAUGUGGAAGCAAGGAGAGUAAAGUCUUUAGAGCGGGAAGGGGACCACUUGCGUUCGGAAAUUGCUUUGUUAGAGUCAAAGUUAGGGCAUGGUGAUUACUCGGCUGCAAGUACAAAAGUAUUGCGUAUGGUGAAUACUUUAGCAGUAGACAAUGAGGCAAAACAUACUAUAGAAGCACUGAGAGCUGAAUUGCAGAAGACACAGGCGAAGCUGCAAGCUGUUGAAGACUUGAAAGGACAAUCAGAUGCUGGGAAAAUAAUAGAUGCAGACAUACCCGAGAAACUAGCACAGCUUAAAGGACAGAUUGCAAUACUUGAGAAGCGUGAAGAAAGGUAUAAAACUGUCUUUGCAGAGAGGAUAUCAGUUUUUAGAAGAGCAUGUUGCUCGCUUUUUGGCUAUAAGAUUGUCAUGGAUGAUCAACAACGUCCUAAUGGGAUACCUGUGACAAGGUUUACCCUUCAGUCUAUAUAUGCAUUGAAUGAUGAUGAAAAGCUUGAGUUUGAUUACGAGUCAGGGACUAUGAGCAUUUUGGUUAAUGACUACACAUCUCAGCCUGAGAUAUCUCAUCAGGUUGAGAUAUUUGUAAGGAAGAUGAACUCAAUACCUGCUUUUACGGCUAACUUGACUAUGGAGUCAUUCAACAAGCGUACCUUAAGUUGAAACAAAGUGUGGGAUACUAGUGGUUAACAACAGGCAGUGGGCAUAGUUGCUUUGAAAAUUUGUGAGUUGCAACAGAUUGUUCAAGUAAGGUCCUUCCCUCUUUUGAGUAGCAUGUGGACCCAGUUUCAUAUUCAGAAACUGACAAGGGGCCUGCAAUUCACACCUAUGUCUAGCAUUUGUUGGUCACUCAUCAGCCUGAUAUUAUGAAAUUUUGUAGAAUUGAUAAUUGUCAUUUUGCUUUUUUAAGCUUACUCCGGAGGUAAAAAGACAGUUAUAGAGCCAUGUUUGUCUUUCUUUCCUGGCACAGUCAGUUAUUAAGAUAUUUCUUUCAGAAUCACUGUUUAAUCAGGUUAAGUCGGAUAGUUUCCAUGAUGUCGGAAAACAUGGAGUUACGAGAGCAACCAGAACUUGAUUCAUAAAGCGAAAGGAUUAAAAGAUUUGAAGGGAGAGAUGUUGACGAACAUUGCGCCAGAUCAGAUGCAUUUUUAAUUUCAUAAUCUUCAUCAAAUAGUUGUUUAAUGUGUUAGGGACAGAUUUCAUCCCUAAUUCUGUAUUUAGUGCUUCAUCUGUAAACAUAAAAUGUAAGAAUCUAACGUCUUGUUUUGAAAUUUCAUGUUUAUUACAAACCAAUGGUUUCUUUUUCAUGCUAAA